GCCAAUUUUACAAAGGAAAUUGGCGUUCGCGUGUAGCGGUGGCUAGCGUGCACUAACGCCAGCUAAAGUUCACAGCUAGCUACGGAAACACAAGCGCGUGCUAAGUGGCUAACUAACUAGCUAGCUGGCUCAAGGUUCUAUCGACGUUUUUCCUGGCGGAUAGCUAACUAAAUCCCUGGGCUGUACUGCCUGAACCCUAGUGGCCAGUGUGGAUGAAGGAAGCAUGCAGACCAUAAAGUGUGUGGUGGUGGGCGAUGGUGCCGUGGGUAAGACUUGCCUUCUAAUCUCCUACACAACAAACGCCUUCCCGGAGGAGUACAUCCCCACCGUGUUCGACAACUACAGUGCCCAGAUAAGUGUGGAUGGCCGCGCCAUCAGCCUCAACCUGUGGGACACGGCUGGCCAGGAGGAGUACGACCGCCUGCGCACCCUCUCCUACCCCCAGACCAAUGUCUUCAUCAUCUGUUUCUCCAUCGGCAGCCCCUCCUCUCAUGCCAACGUACGACACAAGUGGCACCCAGAGGUAUCCCACCACUGUCCUGGAGUUCCAGUGCUGCUGGUGGGCACCAAGAAGGAUCUGCGUGGAGAUGUGGAGGCGGUGAAGAAGUUGAAGGAGCACGGCCUGGCCCCCACCAACCAACAGCAGGGUAAUGCCUUAGCCAAGCAGAUCGGCGCCGUCAAAUACCUGGAGUGCUCAGCUCUGAUGCAGGACGGUGUGAGGGAGGUGUUUGAAGAGGCCGUGCGAGCUGUGCUCUACCCCGUAACCAAGAAAAAUGGCAAGAAGUGUGUUGUGUUAUAACUAUGUGCCUAGACUGUAGGGGGACUGGGGGAAGAGACUAACGAUUGGCGCUGCCAUUUUGGCUCCCAAUAUGCCUUCCACGUUCUAACCCUCGCCACUUGUUAGCAUUGCCUGGCUUCAAUAUUAAUUGGUUGUUUGUCAAGAGGUUCUCUCCACUAAGAUGUGGUUUUAAUUGAUGCCAACAGCCUUCCUAUGGAUUUUUUUGUAUCUCUGAAUUCAAAACUACAGUGACGAUGCUGAGGGAUUUCAAUGGUGCCUUCUCAGCAACUUGCUGCCUUGUCCUCACUGGCUGUAUGUUUAAGAAGAUUACAAUUGAUUUGACACCUUUGCUUUUCUCCUUCAUCAGGCCAGUCUUGUAAUGUGUUGAUCUUUUUCUGUGAACUUUGCCCUUGUUUUCAUCUGAUGUGAUUUACAGGAAUGUUGUGUCAAUCAGUAGCCACUGUUAAACAUUAUGUUCAUUCCUCUGUGCCAUUACAGUAAUAGUUGUAGUGUGGAUUGUCAAUAAGAUAGUUUGCCUUUAACGUGGUUCAUAAGCCAGGGUCACAGGAUAUCUGCCGAACUAGCCUUGCUGCUAUGAGACAAGCACGGGUGUAUGUAUGACACUGUCACCCUGAACACAUGCACACUUUGAUUAGAACAGUCUGUCUCCUAUUGCUCUGUUACACACUCUCUUACUCUGUAAAACCAUGAGCUUGCCAUUCAGCUUUGUCAAAACAAAGUCCUGAUUGUGUCAGAGUGAAUACAGAUUUGGGUAGCUGCUAAGUAAACAGAUGCCCUAAAGAUUGUUAUUUUUGUAUUGCUGGUGGGAAAAGUCAGGAAGCAAUAAUUUGAGCGUUUAGUGAUUAACACCCCCCCAAAGUCUAACUCGCUGACCUGCUUAUGGGUAGUCUUUAUUUUUUUGUCUGAAGGCAAACAGAAACCACAAGUAAACUACAUUAUAUGUUCUAUUGUAACUCAUUGAAAUCGGUGCUGAAUAAUGCUACACAUUAGAAUGUCAUAAAAGUUGUUUAGUGUUACUGGCCUCAUUGAGGAAUGCGUGUUGAAGGUACCACAUAUCAGCAGUAAUGCUGCUUAUUCCUGGCUAACUGUUAACUUAUCUAAGUGUAAUGGCAAGUAUGUAUGGCUAAUACUGCAACAGGAGUGGCAAUCCUAACAGUUACUUGUGCUGCAUGAACAUGCUUGUUGGAGAGUGGAAGACAUAGGCCUACAUUUUUACCCAAACUACUCUAGCAGGAUUUUUUUCAUUGUCUGGUGGUAUUAUUGGUAUGAAUAUUUCUGUCGUUUGCCUCGUCCCUUUGUGAUGUCAUAUGGGAUCUGUAAUGAGUUGAUGUGCAGCUUCUGUAAUUAAGAGCCACAGGGUCAGCUGGUUUUUCCCAUCAGACCAAAUUCAAUAUAGUGGUGUGAAGUAUUGCAUUUUUAGGUAUAAUUCAUAGAAAUUUGCUCACUGGACAAUACAUGUGGUGGAAACCUGCAGAGUCUAGCACUUGAACUGAAGUUGCGCUUCCUCUGUGUGGAAGUCUUUGCCUUCUCAAACAGAUGGAAUUAAUUCUACCCCAACACUGAUAACAGAUUGGUUCUGGUGGAAUGUAAUAGUUUUUUUUAACCAGAAACCUGCUAUGAAAUGUACAUCUAAUUGCCAAAAUAAAGGAAACACUUGAGUAAAUGAGGAAUAAAGGUAUAUUGAAAGCAGGUUCUGCCACACAGGUGUGAUUCCUGAGUUUAUUAAGCAAUAAACAUCCCAUCAUGCUUAAGGCCAUGUGUAAAAAUGCCCAGUUGCCUGUUAUUUUGGCAACCAUGGCUAGAAGAGAUCUGUUACUUUGAAAGAGGGGUCUCAAAUGAGCAUGGGGGUUUAAAGGGUGUGUGUGUGUCAGUCACCAGAUCGCAACCCAAUUGAACACAUGGGAGAUACUGGAGCGGUGCCUGAGACUGCAUUUUCCACCACCAUCAACGAAACACCAAAAUAUGGAAUUUCUCAUGUAAGAAUGGUGUCCAAUAGAUUUCCAGACACUUGCAUAAUCUAUGCCAUGCUGUUCUGGUGGUACAUUGUGUCCCAACGCCCUAUUUAGGCAUUUUAUGUUGGUGUUUCCUUUAUGUUGGUAGAGACCUGUAUAACAGGUUAUAAUGGUUCAAUUAAGUAUUUUUAAGGAGGCCUACAUAUUCCCUUAUUACUUUGGCGCUCAAUUCCAUUCUGUACUGCAGACUAAAGAGGCUUGGUUGUGGUAUUUAUUAUCCAAGAGAGACAUUUUGGUAUUCAUUUUAUAUUCCAGAUAUUCCAGAUACAAGUGUCAUGGUCUUUACCUUUAUGUGUAAAGACUCAACUUUAUAUAUUUUUGAUUCAAUCCUUUUUUACAAUAAGUCUAUGUGUGUACUGUACAAUAAAUAUUUCAGAUAAAUGA